AUAUAGAGUCAAGCGGAAGCGUUUAGGCGCCAUUUCACUGCGGAGCUGUUCAGUGGCGUUUCGGUGCAAGUGCAGCGUCAACAGCGGUGGAAAAAUUGGAUUGUAAUAACACUCCGCCUUCAGCCCGAUGGAAGCGGCCGUCAACCCGCCUCACGACAGCUCUCUGGUCGGGUUGUCCAGUGGCGGGAUGGACCAACACAGCAGCUCGGGCAAACGCAUUCGCAAGCCCUCCUUGCUGUACGAGGACUUUGAGAGCCCAUCUCUGCCGCACAUGAUGCCCCAGGGGCCUCCUGCCCCGCCACAGCCCCCAGUGAAGGAUCCUAACCGACCAGGCCGCAUGACCAACCAGCUACAGUUUCUCCAGAGGACCCUGAUGAAGUCUCUGUGGAGGCAUAGCUUUGCCUGGCCUUUCUACGAGCCUGUGGAUGCCUAUAGGCUUAACCUACCGGAUUACCACAAAAUUAUCAAACAACCCAUGGACAUGGGGACCAUCAAAAAACGUCUUGAGAACAAUUUCUACCGCAGUGCAAGUGAGUGCAUACAGGACUUCAACACGAUGUUCACCAACUGCUACAUCUACAACAAGCCGACAGACGACAUUGUGCUGAUGGCUCAGUCUUUAGAGAAGAUCUUCCUCCAAAAGGUGGCCCAGAUGCCCCAGGAUGAAGUUGAGCUGCCUCCUCCAGCUCCUCGAAGUAAAAACAGCAGAGGAAGAGGUCGAAAAUCUUCAUCGAGGGCUCAGCAGGUACCAGCGGUGUCUCAGUCAGCUUACUCCCCAUCUUCCUCGGAUACCGGGGAGUCCAUGCUGGCCAACUCCCCCCAGACUGUGCUAACCAAAAGCCUGCCUCCGGCCAAUAUCAUGGGCCUGCCACCUACACAGCCCACAACCAAGAAAAAAGGUGUUAAACGUAAGGCAGACACCACCACCCCCUCUACCAUGGGCCUAUCUGUGGGAAUGUCAGGACCAACGCACAUGGUUGGCUUGGGGAAAGGAGGCCAUGGAGGCCAUGGAGGCCAUGGAAGUCAUGGAAACCAUGGAAACCAUGGAAACCAUGGGGGUCAUGGAGGCCAUGGGGGUCAUGGAGGCCACGGGGGUCAUGGAGGCCACGGGGGUCAUGGAGGCCACGGGGGCCAAGUCCAUGACACCUCCCUGCACUCCAUCUCCUCCAUGGGCGGCAUGAGCUUGGAGACUCCACCUGGGAUGGGCCUGGUCAGGAGCCCCGGAGGUCCUGUCCUGCUCCAGCCGAUGAUGGCGAACACUGGGCGCAGAGUGGGCAGCGGACGUCCCAUUAAACCCCCCAAGAAGGACUUGCCUGAUUCAGUUCAGCCACAGCCCUCGAGGAAGGGCAAACUGAGCCCUCAGCUGAGGUACUGCAGCGGGCUGCUGAAGGAAAUGUUGUCAAAGAAACAUGCUGCGUACGCCUGGCCUUUCUACACACCUGUGGACGCAGCUGCACUGGGACUCCACGACUAUCAUGACAUCAUCAAGUGUCCCAUGGACCUGAGCACCAUCAAGAGGAAGAUGGACUGUCGUGAAUACAGGGACGCUCAACAGUUUGCUAGUGACGUCAGGCUUAUGUUCUCCAACUGCUACAAGUACAACCCACCCGACCACGAUGUUGUGGGCAUGGCACGGAAGCUGCAGGAUGUGUUUGAGUUUCGUUUUGCCAAGAUGCCGGAUGAACCACACAUGGAUCACACAGCCAUGUCAAUGAGUGGCCAUCCAACAUCCUCAUCCUCCUCGUCCUCAUCCUCCUCGUCCUCAUCCUCCUCCACCUCCGAGAGUGAGCCCAGCAGUGAGAGUGAAGAGAGCGAAAGCAGCCCUAACUCGGACAGCGAGGAGGAGCGAGCACACCGCUUGGCUGAGUUGCAGGACCAGGUGUGCACACAACUCCGAGCAAUGCAUGAGCAGCUGGCUGCCCUCUCCCAAGGCCCCAUUGUCAAGCCGAAGAAGAAGAAAGAGAAAAAGGACAAAAAGGAAAAGAAGAAAAAGAAGAAGGUGGAGAAGCGAAGUCGGGUUGUUAGAAGCAGAGCUGGCUCUGAGGAAUGGAAAAUGCCUGGCAAGAUACUGAAAACCAAGUCUGCCAGAGCAGGCACCCCCCAGCCUAAAAAAAGCCAGGGGAAGAAGAGUAACAAGAACAGCAAGGCUGCAAAGAAGCCGUUCUACCCACCGGUGGCCCCCACCAUGCUGCCACACUACGACUCUGAGGAAGAGGAGGAGAUCGUGCCAAUGUCGUACGAUGAGAAGCGCCAGCUGAGCCUUGACAUCAACAAGCUACCAGGAGAGAAGCUGGGUCGUGUGGUGCACAUCAUUCAGUCCAGGGAGCCCUCACUGAGGGACACUAACCCUGAGGAGAUCGAGAUUGACUUUGAGACUCUCAAGCCUUCGACACUGAAAGAGCUGGAGCGCUACGUCAUGACCUGCCUGAGGAAGAAGCCCCGGAAGCCUUACGCUGAUCAAGCAGGAAAGAAAGGCAGCGUUGGCAAGUCUAAAGAGGAGCUGACUCUGGAAAAGAGGAGGGAGCUGGAGAGGAGGCUGCAGGAUGUCAGCGGGCAACUCAACUCUGUCAAGAAACCUACAAAACCCAAAGUGGAGAAGCCCAGCGCUGUAGAGACUAACACCCAGCCGACACGCCUCAGUGGCAGCAGCUCCAGCUCUGACUCAUCAUCCUCCUCCUCUUCUUCCUCGUCCUCAGACACCAGUGAUUCAGACUCUGGUUGAGAUCCUUAGCACUGGCUAAGAGAGAAAGCACUAAUAACUCAGGGACUUGGGCUGGCCCAGGACACAACACACCCUGAAAACAGAAGUGGGCUGAGAUAUUAGACACCAUGGCGAAAAGAAAAACACUCCAAGUGGACUCGUAAUGUUUUGAAUGUGGGACUGAGGGAUGUGAAACCUCUGUGGAUAAUCGUAGAACCCAAACACUAAAUGCCUUGGUUUCCCCUUCCUUUCCUUUGUAAAUACUUGUAAAAAUGUAUGUUUCUUUUAUAAAGAAGAAUUUUAUGGUGAUCCCCCAAAGAGGGAAGCGGAGUAAUUAAAAAAAAAGAAAAGAAUAAUGUUGAAGACAGGCCUUACUCCAGAUCUGCUUUGGCUGGCUUUACGCUGUGUUCUCUGGUGAGGGAAUGGAGGAGUGUUUAUUUAUUUGUUUUCUUCACACACACCUUUCCUCAAACAUUACUGGAAUUUGAACCAGCAACCUAUCGGUCACAAGCCCCUCGCUUUUCUAACAUCUGGACUUCUGUCACGCUUCAUUGUAGAUCGACCCCCCUAGACUCCGCCUUAAUCAUCCAGAUUGCUAAUGACAAAAAAAUACAAUAUUGAGCGCUGAGAUUCCGUGUCGCGUUCACAGGUCUGCCAUUUUCAGGUCAAAAUGUAAACUUGGUUGCACUUUUAUUUCUGGAUCAUUUCUGUUUUACAUCCUGUAGUUCUUGUUUUUUGAAAACAAAGUGGGUUUAAGCAGUAGUACAGUUCCAGAAAAACUUUAGAGAAGUUUGCAUUUCAGUAACAUACUCAUUCAGUUUGUAUUGAUUUUUUUAAAGGCUGCACUUUUACUCCUAAAGGUCCAUCGGCCAUUUCAAGAUGGACUAGUCUUAUAAAUAUAACACUUAUCAAAGUAAUGUCUUCAGUAGUUUGAGGUCAGGUCUUACUGUUCAGCUUUGAUAUUGUUCUCAACAUCUCAACAUGUGUGCAUCUAUUUCUGAAUAGCUGAAUACAGGCCGCUGAAUGUUCUCCGGUUAUAGUGCAGGUUUCUAACUUCCACAUCGAUCUACGUAACGUGAAGUAUUGCAUUAGUUCCUUGAAGAUAUCAGUAGCACUUGAAAGCUCUGUGAAGGCUUCUUAAAGAAAUCUUUUGGCUGCUCGGCACUUACCGGAACAGAUUUGUUGAUUGAAUGCACCGAAGCUGAAUAACACUACAAGUGAAUAAAGAUGAAUCUUUAUUUAGACAUAAAGAGACAGUCCUCAUAGUCCACGCAUAGUUGAAGCUGUUGUUGAAUGUUCAGUGAAAGAAUAUAUGCUCGUGUAUAUACUUAAACUGUAUUUGCUGUUGCACAAACUAUUGUAUUUCUGCUGUUCAGUCUUCUUUUCUCAACUAUAUCUUGUUUACUUUCCUGUUUUUUACCUGCUGUUAUUUCUCAUUCCACUUAACUGUCUUUGUUGUUUCCUGAAGAGCGUUCACAUGAGCAUUGCUGCCUCCGGUCAACAAGCAGGUUGUUGCCUCUCAGAAGCAUACCUUUUCAUUUGACAAGUGUGUUUAUUAAAAUAUUCUCUUCUGUAGAAAGA